AUGGACCUGAUUACCCGAACGUUGGACAUUUGGCACUGGGCUAUCGCCCACGACAUGACCUUAUCGGCCAUUCAUAUCGCAGGCCAGGACAAUAUCCUGGCAGACAACCUCAGCCGCACCUUCGUGGACACUCACGAGUGGCAGAUGAAAGACUCUGUUCUCGAACUGAUCUUUCAGCGAUUCAUGAAGGGCAUGAAGAACACCAUCCCACCAGUUCGCUCCUUUGUCCCUCAAUGGAGCCUCUCCGUGGUGCUCAAGGCACUAUCUGCCAAGCCCUUUGAGUCUUUAGCAAGGACGGACUUGCGGCUACUAACUUUCAAGGUGGCGUUCCUUGUUGCAGUCACAUCUGCCAGGCAUGCCUCCGAACUAGCAGCUCUUCGCAUAGACUCACCAUACACGGUGUUUCACGCUGACAAGGUGGUCCUUAGACCGGACCCAGCCUUUCUCCCAAAGGUCGUUUCUUCUUUUCACCUUGGCCAGGACAUCACGCUCCCAAGUUUUUUCCCUUCGCCGACGUCCCCUAUUGAGUCGGCUCUGCAUACCCUGGACGAGGAAAGGCAGCAGAAAUUGAACUGGUUGCGGGUCCUUGCAAAAGGAGCCAAACGCACCCACGCUGAAAGCCCCGGGAAGAUUUCUGCCCCAGAAAUGGAGAAGGCACCCUCCACGGCCCCAACUCUGCCUGCACUUACUGCUGCUCCAUUUCUGUACCAAGACCUCAGGGCGUCACCCACCCACAUCCGGAGCAAGGUGGAGAAGCUGCCGCUGGUGACCACCUCUCCUCCAUCCUCCUUGGGGGCUUCUAACGCUCCGGGGCUUUUGGGCAGCCAACCCCAGCCGCCGCCGAGCGGAGGGGGCGGGACUCGAACCCAGGACCUGCGGCUUCCGAAGCGCAGACCGACCCCAGGGAAACCUUACCAGUGCUCAGGAGACGGCUGCCGUCUGGCCUGCCGCAGCUUGAAGGAGCUACUAGACCACAUGCGCGUCCACUACCGGCCCACGCAGUCCUUGGAGGGGAAGACGUUCCGCUGCUCCACCCUGGGCUGCAUGGAAUCGUUCGCCGACAUGCAAGGCCUGAUGGGACACAUGAAGGCACAUUACAAGCCAAACCGCUACUUCAAGUGCGAGAACUGCAUGUCGCGCUUCCGGACCCACCGGUCCCUCUUCAAGCACCUGCACAGCUGUUCCGACCUCGCCAGCGGCGCGUCCCCGGCCCUGACGGCAGAGAAGCCCGUCCUGACGUCCACCUCCGGCCCGGAAAAGGAGCCCCCGACGAAACUGCCUGAGGAGCCGCCCAAGCUGCAGAGCGUCAUCCAGCAGCUGAAGACAGAAGCGCUCCGGGCUGAGGCCGCAUUGGGCCCCGAGGUGCUGCCAGCUGAGCUCCACGUCCCGUCGGAAUCUGUGCCGCCAGCCACGGCUCAUCCGUGCCCUCUGCUGGAGCAGUCCCUGCUGGGGCCCCCCUCCCUGGCGCGGUUCUCCGGGCCGCCACACCCUUCCGUUGCAGGGCCCCCCUUCCUGCCCUAUAUGCACCCUGGCACCUAUGCGUUACCUCAGGCUGCAGUCCACAACCGCCUCCGGCCGUUCCUGCCAGCCCAGGGCCUCCCUGUGUCCAACGCCGUGUGGAAGAAAAGCCAAGGCCACUCCUCCAACAGCCGCAUCGUGUGGGAACACACCCGGGGCCGCUACAACUGCAUGCAAUGCCCCUACUCCACAGCCUCCCGGGAGGAGAUGACCCAGCACACGGAGGACCACCGCAAGAAUCCAUCCCCGCCUGGCCGCCUGGAUGGCGAAAUGGACUUCGGUGUCGCCCUUCCCUCGUUCCACCCGAAGCUGUCGCCCGAAGUGGAGGGCUCCCUCUUUUCCCCGCUGUGAAGAGGAUGCGGGGGCCGAUCAAGCAUUUAUUAUUAUUAUUAUUAUUAUUAUUAUUAUUAUGAUGAUGAUGAUGAUGUCCCUCCUGCUGAAGGUGGAGAAAAGAUGGUGGAAAGAGACCGACUCCAAAAGGAAGGGGGGGAAAAGGACAGUGUGCAACACAACUCCCGCCUCACCUCCUCACCUCUUCUUAAAAAUGUGUGCUGACAACUGGAUGCCGUUUUUGGGGGGGGGGCAGGGAAAGAAGGGGUGUACGUUGAAAUUUAUGAAUAAUUUAAUCUAGAAACUUUCUGUUCAUCUUUCCUUCCCCCGUUAAGUUUGGCCUCUCUUGCUCGAAGACAAACCCUCUUCCCAGCGAACGAUCAGAUUUGCUCAGGUGUGUUAGUGGGCUGCUGCUGCUGCUUUUUGGGGGGUGGGCAAACACAAAUAAAUGGGAAUUGUACAGAAAGGGGUGUGUGUGUGUGCUGUUGUGGCAUCUGUGUGGGCCUUUCUCACCAUCUUUUGUGCAGAGCGAAGGCAGGGAAGCCCCCAAACUCCUUUUUCCUCCAGCUGUUCAGAACUAUCUGUCGACAAGGAGGGUCACAAGCUUUAUGAAUUUCCAGGAAUAGGGGGCAGGGGAGGAGGGGGAGGCUGCAGCCAAAACAACAGACCUCGUGGCACCUUGAAGACCGACCUCAGCAGAGGUUUUCACGGGCUCCAGCCCCUGCUCUCUGCAUCCAACGCUUAUUCCAGAAUAAACUUGUUCAUCUUAGGUGCCACAAGGUUCUUCGUUUUAACCCUUUUAUAAAAGACAAUUUGAAAACCGGGGUCGUUUCAGAAGCCCGACCACUGAAAAACGUUCGCUUCGUGCCCUGACACACCAUGAAGUGUGGUCCAGAAGAUGCUGAGGUCUUUGAUAAAUGGGGCUCGGCCGAAGCCCCGUAUAGCAUGGCCAAAAAGGGGAUGUGGCAAAGACCAUACCCCUGGAAGGAAAAGGAGGGGGCCGAGAUGGGCUUUGUUUCUGCAGGGGGUGCCAGGCGGACAGACCUUCGGACCAGGAGCCGUUUCUGUCUUGACAGGGCUCUGUGCGUGGCCCCGGGAGAGAAGCCAACUGUACCUGCUUGCCCAACGUGUGGGUGCUCAGAUCUGCAACCCGAACGGUGUGUGUGUGUGUGUGUGUGUGUGUG